AUGAAUAGCUUUGUAACAGAGAACACUUCAAAGGCGAGAUCUCUCUGGUUGUAUGUCGAUGAUCUCUGCGGAAAAACUAGGCCUAAAACAGAAAUAGAUUCAGUUGAAAGUUCUAAUGGACAGUUACUAACAUCAAAAAAAGAAAUGGUGAAGGAAUUCGGAAUUUUUUUCAGUGAAAUAGGAAAACGACUGGCGGAAAACAUAGAUGAAGUUCCAGAAAAAGAGGAGGGAGAACGUUAUUGUGAUAAUACAACCUUUCUGUUCCCAACUUCUGAAGAUGAAGUUAGAGGAAUGAUAAGGGAAUUAAAAAAUGGUGGAGCUCCGGGAAAUGACGGUAUCAGAACUGAACUUAUAAAAAAUAUUCAAGAUGAAAUAAUGGAACAUAUAAUGUUACUUGCAAAUCUGUGUUUUGAGACGGCUGAAUUUCCGAACAUUUUCAAGGUGGGUGUGAUCAAACCAUUAUUCAAGUCGGGAGAUAAAACCAUUUUAUCACAUUAUAGACCAAUCGGCUUAACAUCUAAUUUGUCUAAAAUAGUGGAAAAAUUAUUAAAGAUGCGUAUUGUUAAUUUUUUGGAGAAGAAUAAAAUUUUGUCUGAUAAUCAAUACGGCUUCAGGAAGGGCAAAUCUACACAGGAUGCAAUAAAAAAUGUAGUAGAGAAAAUUUACCAAUGGUUGGAUGGAAACAAGGGGACAGUAUUGGGACCAAUUUUGUUCAUUAUAUACAUGAACAGCUUAUUACUAAUGAAGAGAAAAGGAGAGAUUAUCAGUUUUGCAGAUGACACUGUCAUAAUGUACGAAGAUAGUACCUGGAAAAAACUGAAACAAGAAGCAGAGGGAGAUCUUUCAAUUAUAAAGCAAUGGUUCGGAGAGAAUAGAUUAACAAUAAAUUUGCAGAAAACAAAAUACUUACCAUUUGUUGCUUACCAAUCAGGUCUUCCACAUAUGGGCAAUUUGGAAGUUGACAACGAAACAUCAAUUCCCGAAGCUGAAUAUAUAAAAUAUCUAGGAGUUACAAUUUUGAUCGACAACUAA